AGGGAAGCUGUUCGGCAUCGGGCUGCUUGAGCCUCGCUGCUGCUGCUGCUCGGCAGGCAGGCAGGAGUGGGAGCCGCAGCCGGGACCGAAGAGGUUAACGUGCAUCUGCCUCCGAAUGUUAAUGUGUCUAGGUGAUGUCAGUGGGAGCUGGGAAGGAGGGAGUGGGGCGAGCAGUUGGGCUCAGAGGCAGCAGAGGCUGCCAGGCGGUAGAGGAAGACCCUUUUCUGGACUGCAGGGCUGGCUCACGUUCGGGACAAGGCGGUGGCAGGCACUGAAGGCUGCCGCAGCCUGCGUGGGUGGACGGACGCUCAACUCCAGGGAGCAGGCGACCUGCACCGGCUGCAUGGAUCUGCAAGCCUCGUUGCUGUCCACUGGCCCCAAUGCCAGCAACAUCUCCGAUGGCCAGGAUAAUCUCACAGUGGCCGGGUCACCUCCUCGCAAAGGGAGCGUCUCCUACAUCAACAUCAUUAUGCCUUCCGUGUUUGGCACCAUCUGCCUGCUGGGCAUUGUGGGAAACUCCACAGUCAUCUUCGCCGUAGUGAAGAGGUCCAAGCUACACUGGUGCAGCAACGUCCCGGACAUCUUCAUCAUUAACCUCUCUGUGGUGGAUCUGCUCUUCCUCCUGGGCAUGCCUUUCAUGAUCCAUCAGCUCAUGGGCAAUGGGGUCUGGCACUUUGGGGAAACCAUGUGCACCCUCAUCACAGCCAUGGAUGCCAACAGUCAGUUCACCAGCACCUACAUCCUGACCGCCAUGGCCAUCGACCGCUACUUGGCCACCGUCCACCCCAUCUCCUCCACCAAAUUCCGGAAGCCCUCUAUGGCCACCCUGGUGAUCUGCCUCUUGUGGGCUCUCUCCUUCGUCAGCAUCACCCCGGUGUGGCUGUAUGCCAGGCUCAUCCCUUUCCCAGGGGGUGCUGUGGGCUGUGGCAUCCGCCUGCCAAACCCAGACACUGACCUCUACUGGUUCACUCUCUACCAGUUUUUCCUGGCCUUCGCCCUACCCUUUGUGGUCAUCACCGCCGCAUACGUGAAAAUACUGCAGCGCAUGACGUCUUCGGUGGCCCCAGCCUCGCAACGCAGCAUCCGGCUUCGGACGAAGAGGGUGACUCGCACAGCCAUCGCCAUCUGCCUGGUGUUCUUUGUGUGCUGGGCGCCCUACUACGUGCUGCAGCUGACCCAGCUGUCCAUCAGCCGCCCCACGCUCACCUUUGUCUACUUGUACAACGCGGCCAUCAGCUUGGGCUACGCCAACAGCUGUCUCAAUCCCUUUGUGUACAUAGUACUCUGUGAGACCUUUCGAAAACGCUUGGUCUUGUCGGUGAAGCCUGCAGCCCAGGGGCAGCUUCGCACGGUCAGCAAUGCUCAGACAGCUGAUGAGGAGAGGACAGAGAGCAAAGGCACCUGACACCUUCCCCUGUCACCUCCAAGGCAGGUCACCACAUCCAACCAUGGGGAGAGAUACUGAAAGAAACCCAAGGCUACCCUGGGAGAAUGCAGGAGGCUGGGGGCUUGUAGCAACCACAUUCCAUGGGGCCCAUAAAUUGCUAGGGAGGCUUGCAGCCAGGUUUUUUGGGGGGAAGCUUCAAACCUCAGACAUCCUUUUGGCAGAGCAAGAGGGAAAUGGUGGUCUGACUGGUCCACAGGGAGCUCUAGCUGUUAGCUCACGUGUCUUUUUCCCAAGGGAAGAGGUUGAAGGUGCCUAGCUGAACCGGCAGGGCCAGGGUCCUACCGUGACAUACAAGCUGAGCACUCCCUCCCAUCUCUCAUUGGUGUGAAAAGAGGCAGCCUUUCUUCCAAGCGGGUGGAUCACCUAUGAAGCAUGCUGCCUCAGCUCCAGCAACCUGUGUGGGUUUCACUUUCUCCCCAGGGGAUGCAUGUUUACACUGGGGUGGGGCUCUGAGCCCACGGGAGUCUAAAAAACAAAAGAGCCCAGGGUGUUGAAAGAAAGGGCAAGGCAAGCUGGGGUGGAGACGGAUCUUGAAAGCAAUAAAAAUGAGGGUAAGGGGCUUUCACGGUGACAGGGACAGUCUCUUUGUAGGGCUGUCAGUCCAUGGCUGAUGCAGAGUGAGCAUCCAUGUAUUCUGCAUGUGCAGGGGGUCACUCCAGUGCCUGAUAUGUUGGCAUCAUCUUUCUGCUUCAGCCUUCCACUCCCAAAUCAAAACGAAAUAAAGGCAAAUCUCAACCCACUCA